GAGCUCCAUCUUCACGCAGCAGCUACCUGCCAUGACGUCUGACAGAUAUCUCAAGUGACAGGUGUGACUGAGCCCAGGGGAGGACACGCUGUCACCACUGGAGGAAUACCCCAUUUGCGUGUCAUUUGCAUGGACCCUGCUGUGAAAUGAACCAAGCAAGGACUUGUCAGACACUUCCUUCCUCCUCUUGUUGAGCACUCCGCAGCCAUUGUUCCACUGUUGUUCUAAUUGGGUCCUGUCCUCCUCUUGCCAAGACAAACAGCCCAGUCUCAAGUAGGCGUCCCUAGCCUCAUCUGCCAGCCUGAACAUGAACACAGGCAAAGCUGAUGACAGCCAGUGUUCCCAAGGGUCACGGGACCCCGUGGGGUCUGGCCCCCAGAAGCAGGACCUCUCAUGAUGUUGGCAUCCGGGACUGAGCACCAUGCCCAUCACCCAGGACAAUGCCGUGCUGCACCUGCCCCUCCUCUACCAAUGGCUGCAGAACAGCCUCCAGGAGGGUGGGGACGGGCCAGAGCAGCGGUUGUGCCAGGCGGCCAUCCAGAAGCUGCAGGAGUACAUCCAGCUAAACUUUGCUGUGGAUGAGAGUACAGUCCCACCUGACCACAGCCCCCCAGAAAUGGAGAUCUGUACUGUGUACCUCACCAAGGAGCUGGGGGAUGCCGAGACUGUGGGCCUCAGUUUUGGGAACAUCCCUGUUUUUGGGGACUAUGGUGAAAAGCGCAGAGGGGGCAAGAAGAGGAAAACCCACCAGGGCCCUGUGCUGGACGUAGGCUGCAUCUGGGUGACAGAACUAAGGAAGAAUAGCCCAGCGGGGGAGCAAAAAAAGAAGAGCGGCAAGGUCCGACUGCGGGAUGAGAUCCUCUCCCUGAACGGGCAGCUGAUGGUUGGAGUUGAUGUCAGCGGGGCCAGUUACCUGGCUGAGCAGUGUUGGAAUGGCGGCUUUAUCUACCUGAUCAUGCUGCGUCGCUUUAAGCACAAAGCCCAUUCUACUUAUAAUGGCAACAGUAGCAACAGCUCGGAACCCGGAGAGACGCCCACCUUGGAGCCAAGUGACCGAACUGCGAAAAAGGGGAAAAGAACAAGAAAGUUUGGGGUCAUUUCCAGGCCUUCUCCCAACAGAGUCACUGAAGAGUCCAAGGGCAGUGCUGGCUGUGAGCUGAAUAAUGACCCCAGCUCUGAGCUGGAGAAUGGCCCAGACCCUGAACUUGGAAAUGGCCAUGCCUCAGAGCUCGAAAAUGGCCCAGAUUCUCUCAAGGAGACAGGACCUCAUGUAGAGAGGUCAGAAGUGGACAGAGGGACAGAGCAUAAAAUUCCAAAGACUGAUGCUGCUCUGACCACAAGUAAUGACAAACACCGCUUUUCAAAAGCUGGAAAGACUGACUUCCAGUCAAGUGACUGCCUUGCACGGGAGGAAGUUGGCCGGAUAUGGAAGAUGGAGCUGCUCAAAGAAUCGGAUGGGCUGGGAAUUCAGGUUAGUGGAGGCCGAGGAUCAAAGCGCUCACCUCACGCUAUCGUUGUCACUCAAGUGAAGGAAGGAGGUGCCGCUCACAGGGAUGGCAGACUGUCCUUAGGAGAUGAGCUGCUGGUAAUCAAUGGUCACUUACUGGUCGGGCUCUCCCACGAGGAAGCUGUGGCCAUUCUUCGCUCAGCCACUGGAAUGGUGCAGCUGGUGGUGGCCAGCAAGGAAAGCUCUGCAGAGGACCUCCUCAGGUUAACAUCUAAAAGUUUGCCUGAACUGACCAGCUCGGUAGAGGACGUGUCCUCUUGGACUGACAACGAAGACCAGGAGCCCGACGGGGAAGAGGACGAAGGAACCAGCUCAUCUUCCAUCCGGAGAGCAAUGCCUGGGACAGAAGAGACCCAAGAUUUGUGUGGCCCUGAGGAAUCCAAGGGGAACCUGGAUAGUCCCAAACAGGGCAACAAUAAAACAAAGCUCAAGAGUCGUCUUUCAGGGGGUGUACACCGCCUGGAGUCUGUUGAAGAAUAUAAUGAGCUAAUGCUGAGAAAUGGGGACCCCCGGGCCAGGAUGUUGGAGGUCUCGCGAGAUGGCCGGAAGCACUCCCUUCCCCAGCUGCUGGAUUCCACUGGGACCUCACAGGAAUACCACAUCGUGAAGAAGUCCACCCGCUCCUUGAGUGCUACUCAGGUGGAAUCUCCCUGGAGACUCAUACGGCCAUCUGUCAUCUCUAUCAUCGGACUGUACAAAGAAAAGGGCAAGGGCCUUGGCUUUAGCAUUGCUGGAGGUCGAGACUGCAUUCGAGGACAGAUGGGAAUUUUUGUCAAGACCAUUUUCCCUAAUGGAUCAGCUGCAGAAGAUGGAAGACUUAAAGAAGGGGAUGAAAUCCUAGAUGUAAAUGGAAUACCAAUAAAGGGCUUGACGUUUCAAGAAGCCAUUCAUACCUUUAAGCAAAUUCGGAGUGGGCUAUUUGUCUUGACGGUACGCACAAAGUUACUGAGCCCCAGCCUCACACCCUGCUCCACACCCACACACAUGAGCAGAUCCAGCUCCCCAAAUUUCAACACCAGCGGGGGGACCACAGCGGGAGGCUCCGAUGAAGGCAGUUCUUCAUCCUUGGGUCGGAAGGCCCCUGGACCAAAAGACAGGAUUGUCAUGGAAGUAACACUCAACAAAGAGCCAAGAGUUGGAUUAGGCAUCGGUGCCUGCUGCCUGGCUCUAGAAAACAGUCCUCCAGGCAUCUACAUUCAUAGCCUAGCCCCCGGAUCAGUGGCCAAGAUGGAGAGCAACCUGAGCCGGGGAGACCAGAUCCUGGAAGUGAAUUCAGUCAACGUUCGCCAUGCUGCUUUAAGCAAAGUUCACUCCAUCUUGAGCAAAUGCCCCCCAGGACCCGUUCGCCUUGUCAUCGGCAGGCACCCUAAUCCAAAGGUUUCCGAGCAGGAAAUGGAUGAAGUGAUAGCGCGCAGCACUUACCAGGAGAGCAAAGAGAGCAGCUCGUCUCCCGGCUUAGGUACUCCCUUGAAGAGCCCCUCUUUUGCAAAAAAGGACUCCCUUAUUUCUGAAUCUGAGCUCUCCCAGUACUUUGGUAGCGACGUCCCAGGACCCUUGUCAGACUUCAUGGUGGCUGGCUCCGAGGACGAGGAUCACCCGGGCAGUGGCUGCAGCACAUCUGAGGAUGGUAGCCUGCCUCCUGGCACCCCCACUCAUAAGGAGCCAGGAAAACCCAGAGCCAAUAGCCUUGUGUCUCUAGGAAGCCAGCGGGCUUCUGGGCUCUUCCACAAGCAAGUGACAGUUGCCAGGCAAGCCAGUCUCCCUGGAAGCCCACAGGUCCUCCGAAACCCUCUCCUGCGUCAGAGGAAGGUGGGGUGCUACGAUGCGAAUGAUGCCAGUGAUGAGGAAGAGUUUGAUGGGGAAGGAGACUGCAUUUCGCUUUCAGGGGUCCUUCCAGGUCCUAGCAGGCCUCUGACAGAGGAGGACUCUAGGCAUUUCUCAACGACCUCUUCCAAGGUCAUGGAUGUCAAAAACCAAGAGGAACAACCUCAGAAAACCCAGAUCAGCAAGGCCUCCUCGGUGCCUCUCCUAGGCAGCUCGGUGGAUGUAGAGGAGAGUCUUCCAGGAGAUAUGGCACCCAGUCCUUCCCAUGCCACCAACCUACUAGAUUCUGCACAGGCUCCCAGAAGGGGCUCUGGAGGCUCAGGGAAGAAGGAACUGUCAGGAUCUAGGAGCUCACCCAAAUUGGAAUACAAGAUCCAUACAGGAACCCAGAGUUUGAUGAACACAGAGAGCCCCAGUUCCCUCCAGCAGAAGAAUGAAGUUCUGGGAUCCAGGCAUAAACCGGUGGCCAGGAUCAGCCCACACUGCAAGAAGCCUGAGACUGAGGCCAGGCCCAGCAACUCAGAGACUGGGAACCUGACUGGCAGAGCCGAUGAACCAUGUGGUCUGGACUUGAAAGUCCAGGCCACUUCCAUCAAAGUGACCAUCACUGAUUAUCAGCCAGGUGGAAGUGUAGAGAAGGAAUCUCUAGGAAAGCUGACCAUCAGGGAUGGGCAGGUCCCUACGGAGCCAGCCAGCGCUCUGUCCCACCCGGAUACCAGACACCUCACAGAGAACCUGCCCAAAGCUUCACCAGAGCAGGAGCAGCAAUCCCUGUCUGGACCAGAUGGCUCUGCAGACCUCACCCCUUCCUUUGGAAAGAAGAGGGCCCCUCGCCCUGGCCCCAGUGGGACCCCAGUGGACACGAGGCGAGUCAGUUGGUCUGAGGACCCCAAGUCUGAGUGCAAAGGCAGAUCUGCCAUCAGCCUGGCCUGCAAGUGCAGCACGUCCCCAGGGGAGAAGGUGGCGGCUCCUCCUGACCCCAGCAAGAUGCCAGGGGCAGCUGCCCAAGCCAGCUCAUCCCACAACCCUAGGGGAGUAGGGUCUGGGACAGAAGGGGCACCUCCAGCCAGUGCCAUCCUGUCCCAAGACCCACUCAUACCUGAGGAGAAGAAACAAGGGGCUCCAGGUCACCACAGCAAGGCAUGGGACCCGGCAGGCCUCUGCACCCCUGAGAGCUCCCUGCAGUCAGCUCUGCUCCAGGGUACAGAUUCCAUGUCUAUAAGGCCAUCACAGACCAGCCCCUCCCUGCCAUCGUCCACUGGCAAGAUCAAAGAAGCAUGUGUCAGUGGCUCUGGGCACUGCUGCCCAGCAGGGAGGACAGACAGCCCCAUCACAGACAUCGACACAGUGAUCCAGGAGUUGGAUGCUUCCAAAGCCAGGCUUCAGUUUUCUAAGAAAGGGGACCCUGGGCAUCCCGAGGGCAGUGCUCAGGGCCGAACACCAGCAGGAGCUGGGGGCAGGAGUCCCCACCUUGGCCAGCCAGUUCCAGGGGAUCAGACCCCUACCUCAAGGCGGGCUUGGACCACUGGCUCACCCCCUCCCACACAGUGGGCCUCCCAGCCUUCGGUUUUGGAUUCAGUUAAUCCUGACAAACAUUUUACUGUGAACAAAAACUUUCUGAACAACUACUCUAGAAAUUUUAGCAAUUUUCAUGAAGACAGCAUCUCCCUGUCAGGCCUGGGCGACAGCACGGAGCCCUCUCUCUCAUCCAUGUACGGAGAUGCCGAGGACUCAUCCUCUGACCCCGAGUCACUCACUGAGGCCCCACGAGCCCCUGCCAGGAAUCGCUGGUCACCUCCUCGUUCUCAUGGGUCUUCUCACAAGGAAGAGGCAAUGGAGUCUGAGGAGGAACAGAUUGAAAUUUGCUCCACAAAUGGUUACCCAAACCUGCCCUCCACCCCAUCUCAUCCUCCAGCCCAGGCUGCACCCUGCCCCGCUUUAGCCAAAGUUCUGCCAUUGAAACACAGUGCUCUGAGUGAGUCUGUGGGAAAGCCAUGUGGGAGAGCCUCCUUCUUGCCCCGGGCAUCAUGCACUUCAAUCCCAAAAUCCUCUUCCCAGCCCAUUUCAGUCUUGAGGAUGGGGUCUCAGGAGCACGAAACUCACGCAGACCUAAGCGUUUCCCAGAACCAUAGGCUCUCGUGUGCAGAAGAGACCUCAGGAGUCACCAGCGGUAGCUCAGCCGUGAAAAGCAAUCAGCCUUCUGAGGUCACUGGGGACUCUCCCAACCCCCCUGCCACUCUCAGUUCCCUUAGCAUGGUAAACGGCUUGGAACAUGACUUGCUCGAUGACGAAACCCCGAACGAGUGUGCAGCACGUGUCAGCACAACUGAAAACGGGUCAUCCUUGAGUGUGGAUGUUCCUGAGGAUAGAGACUCUAUUUUGGCCAACCUGCACAUCUCUGAAAGUCAAGACCUGGAUGACUUGCUGCAGAAACCAAAAACGAACUCCAGGAGGCCCAUCAUGGCCUGGUUUAAAGAAAUCAAUAAAAGCAGCCAAGGUACGCACUCACAGAGCAAAGCCGAGAGGGAGCAGCCUGCGAUGCCCGCCAGAAGUCCUGACUCCAAAAUUCAGAUGUUGAGCUCAAGCCACAAAAAGGGGGUUGCUAUACCUAACAGCCCUCCUCAGUCUAAAAUGAAUCUUGACAAUAAAGACCCAUCUAAAAAAAGUUCAGUGGAAACGCUUUUAAAUAACUGUCAGAAACCCAAGUGCGGUCCCAAGCUAAAGAGACUCAGCAUCAAAGGCAAAAACAAAGUCAGCUCUGAGGCCCCUGCUGUAAGUCUGGCCAAGGCUGGAGGGGCCGACCCCAGGAAGUCCCUAAUUUCACCACAGACCUCCCACAAAAUGCUUUCCAAGGGAGCAUCACCCCGAGGCCUUGGAGCUGAUCCUGAGGACCCUGACAGAAAUGCCACAGCCACCCCCAGGCCUCCCCAGUGUGCGCUGGACAGCAGGCUGCCCCUCGCUGCCUCCGGGUCACUGAAGUCCUCGGCAUCAGACACAAGCAUCGGAACCUUCACCUCGCCCCUGACCUCCCCCAAGACUCUUGCUGAGCAAGUUGCGUGUAAUAGGUUCCACACGGCUGUCCAUGCAGAACUCAACAGAGGUGGCCCAAUCGCCCCUAAAUCUCCCAAGUGUGGACCAGAUGCCAAGGUGCCCCAGGUGGACCCUGGGCCAAUGAGUCACACAGUGUCAAGGAACAGCAUGUCCACAGCAGGGAACCGAUGCUCUGAGCAGCGCAUAUCCAGCCAAUCGGACUCUGCUGCAGAAGCAGCCCAACCCAGAGCGACUGGCGAGAAAGGAGGCAAGAUAAUUGCCAAUGAGCCCCUCGAAAUAAGGAGCCAGCUGAAAAUAGUUGAGAUUUCUUCUGAGAGAAUGCCAAAGACUGCAUGUGGUGACAAGCCAGCUGAAAGUGACAGACGGGAAGAGUUCUCAGCCCAGAGCAACUGUCAGGAGAAGAGUGAAAUCAGACUCUGUCACCAGGCAGCAGAAUCGUCCCCAAAUUACCCGUCCUCACUCCCAUCUCGUGCCUCCCAGGUGGAGCAAGAAAUGCAACGCUCACUCAACCUGGCCAAGCUGGCUUCCUCCUCCUCCCCACAGCUGCCUGCUAAAAAGGCAUAUUCCCCCCAAGGAAAAUCAAGCCAGAUGUCAGACUCCCCAGGGAUGCCCAAGAAUGGCACACCAAUAUGCCCUGUGGGAGAGGACCAUCCUUACUUCAUACCAAGGCCAGCAACCAGGACCUACUCCAUGCCAGCCCAGUUCUCCAGCCACUUUGGACGGGAGGAUCAUUCUCCGCACAGCCCAGGCCGCUCUCCUCGGCACAGCCAGAGCCCUGUGACAAGCAAUGGUUUCCUUGAAGCAAAGGCGUCCAAAGGCAGUAUUCUUGGCCUGGUUAAUGGACAGGGUAUAUAUAGCAUAAAGCCUCUGCUAGAAACCUCAAGGAACCUUCCGACAGACGAAGGGGCUGUCAUUUCUGUCCAGGAGACGAGCUGCCUGGUUACAGACAAGAUCAAAGUCACCAGGAGACAUUACUACUAUGAGCAGAGCUGGCCCCAUGAAUCUACCUCAUUUUUCUCUGUGAAGCAGAGGAUCAAGUCUUUCGAGAACCUGGCCAAUUCUGACCGGCCUGCGGCCAAGUCUGGGGCUUCGCCGUUUCUGUCAGUGAACUCUAAGCCCCCCAUCGGGAGACGGUCUUCUGGCAGCAUUGUUUCGGGGAGCCUCAGCCACCCCAGCGACGCAGCCGCAAGGUCACUGAGACGCAGCUUGAGUUCCUGCAGUGAAAGCCAAAGUGAAGCUGGCGCCCUUCUCCCCCACAUGACCAAGUCACCAUCCAGCAUGACACUGAGCAUCUCCAGGCAGAACCUGCCAGAGACCACUAACAAGGGCCCUGUUUCAGACCAAAAGAAAUCACUUGGUCCUUCGGGAAUUCCCAUUGCGACAGUGACCCCCUCCUCUCCCAUCAAGAGGAACAAGUCCUCCGUACGGCACACCCAGCCCUCGCCUUUGUCCCGCUCUAAGCUCCAGGAGCUGAGGGCCUUGAGCAUGCCUGACCUUGACAAGCUCUGCACUGAGGACUACUCGGCAGGGCCAACCGCGGUGCUCUUCAAAACGGAGCUGGAGAUCGUGCCCAGGAGGUCGCUUGGCUCCCCUUCUGGAGGCCAUUCGGUCCUCAGUGGAUCAGUUGCCCCUUCCUGUCCUGAGAAGGGAGGGAACAGGGCCUGUCCAGGAGGAAGCAGCCCUGAAGCCAGUGAGUCUGGACCACUCAGUUCAGCCAGUGAAACCUCCCAGGAUUUGCCUUCAGGAAAAAGCUGGUCAAUUAAUUUGGAUCAACUUCUAGUCUCGGUGGGAGACCAGCAAAGACUACAGUCUGUCUUAUCAUCGGUGGGGUCAAAAUCUACUGUCCUUACUCUCAUUCAGGAAGCGAAAGCACAAUCAGAGAAUAAAGAAGAUAUUUGCUUUAUAGUCUUGAAUAAAAAAGGAGGCUCGGGUCUUGGAUUCAGUGUGGCAGGAGGGACAGACAUGGAGCCAAAACCAGUCCUGGUCCACAGGGUGUUUUCUCAGGGGGCGGCUUCUCAGGAAGGGACAGUGAACCGCGGGGAUUUCCUUCUAUCCGUCAAUGGCGCCUCGUUGGCGGGCUUAGCACACGGGGAUGUACUGAAGGUUCUACACCAGGCCCAGUUGCACAGAGAUGUCCUCAUUGUCAUCAAGAAAGGGAGCAAUCAGCCCAGGCCUUCCACCAGGCAGGAGCCUCCCACAGCCAACGGGAAGGGAUCGUUGCCCAGAAAGACCAUCCCCCUGGAGCCUGGAAUUGGGAGAAGUAUAGCUGCACACGAUGCUCUGUGUGUGGAAGUGCUGAAGACCUCGGCUGGGCUGGGACUGAGUCUAGAUGGAGGAAAGUCAUCGGUGUCUGGAGAUGGGCCCCUGGUCAUUAAGAGGGUGUACAAAGGUGGAGCAGCAGAACAAGCUGGAAUAAUAGAAGCUGGAGACGAAAUUCUUGCUGUUAACGGGAAACCCCUGGUUGGGCUCAUGCACUUUGAUGCCUGGAAUAUUAUGAAAUCUAUCCCAGAAGGACCUGUGCAGUUAGUAAUUAGGAAGCAUAGGAAUUCUUCAUGAAUUUUAACAAGAAUCUCUUUUUCAGUUUCCUUCUUCCUUAGCAAAUCAGAAUGCUUUCUUUAAACAGUGGGUUCUUGAAACAACAAACCUUGGUCUAAGGACUGUAGAAAUCUCCAAGUUUGUACUUACCUACGAAGCCCGACAUACCCAUGUGCAACAACAAUGAAGCUGAACUCUGGAAGCCUUCCACCCGGCUCUCUCAGGCCGGAGGGUUCACUUUGUCCAGUGCCUGUCCCCUACUUCCUACGUUUGCUGAUGGGGAUACCAGAUGUGACAUGCCCUCCUCCACUUGAGACAUUUAGCUAGACCUUCGCAUCCCUCUUGCCAGCUCUCCUGACAUACUAAAUCCUGGCAAUUAGGGACCUAACAAAGUGAGGGGCGACACAGAGGUCACAAUGAAAAGGACUAUAGUUUUAUAUAAUUUUAUAAGUAAAUGACAUAAUGCUUUUAGGCGCAUUCAAUGAUCUGUAUAUGUUAUCCCAGAAAGAAAAUGAGACUUAAAAGAAUGAAUUAUGACCUAAUCGUAAGACUGAGCUCAGGAAUUCUCUGAAAAUGAAAAAGCAAAAUACAGAAAUAAUAUUUUUUAGUGAGUGUAAUAUAUAAUGUAUGGCUGCAGAGUUCAACUCAAUGGGUUACUGAUCAGCCUCAGGUGUUGAUCAUUUUCUCUCUGAACGUGUAAGUCAUAAGGCUGUUUUACAGAAUAGCAGUUCUGACAGACUGUAUUAAAGAGCCAUGAGCUUCGCUGCUUAGAUGGAGCAGAAAGUUCCAGAUCUGAAAGCACCUUGCAUCUAGUUUUCGAACCCGUUUUAAGUGCUUGAAUUUAAGACUGGUCAAGAACAAGUAAAAAUAUCACAGUCACUGGGUUUCUGUUUCUACAUUUUAUGGACUCCAACCAUUCAUAAUUUAAAUGAAGUUUUUAAAAAUCAAGUAUUUUUUUAAGUGUCCUUGGAUUUAUAAACAUAGGCAUUAUAUUUACAGUCCCAAUAGGGAACUUUUAGGGGACUUCUUUUGUUGGUUGGUUUGGUUUUUCUCCUCUUUCCCAACACACUUAAGAAAUUUCCAAGUAGGGGAUGUCUUUUCUUGACCUAGUCUGACAUACUCUGCAAUGACUGAAGUUUUUGCUCUUUUUGUUUUUCUGUUUUGCAAAUUCUUCCUUUUGCCAGAAAUCUUUUCCUACAAAAGACUGUUAUAAUUCAUGCUGCUUGUCCAUUGGCCCUGGCUGCUUCUCCUUCAAAAGCACGAGCUUCGUGGUAGCCGUUCCCAUUCGGCAUGCCAUGCAUCGUCCCCAAGUUGACUCUUCUCUCCUCGUACUGCACCUUAGAUAAAUUCCAAACCCUCGUCAGCUUCGUUAACCAAAAUGCCAUAAGGAGGGGGAGGAAAAUG